AUGGGCACUGUGCUGUCGCUGUCCCCGGAGCCCAAGGGCAAAGUGGGCUCGGUGGAGGAUGGGCAGCCGGCGGGGAAGAACGCCAAGGACAAGAGUCUGAAGAAGCACUCAGCGCUCAUCUCCGCCCUGACCUGGAAACGCCUGGUGGCCGCUUCGGCCAAGAAGAAGAACGCCAAGAAGGUGAACCCCGCUCAGCUCCCCAACACCAACAACAACAACAACCCGGUGAAGCACCUCAACGACGAGAACCUGAAGAAGUCGCACCCUCCCCAGCCCCAGACUCAGGCCGGAGCCGAGCCGGACGCCUUCCCCGCCCAGCAGAAGCCCCCCACCGCCCCCAUCCCGGUGCCCGUCCCCGUGGCCCCCACCAGCGUCCAGCCAGCCAGCCGGCACCUGGGCUCGGUGCAUAAGCAAGCCAGCAACCGCAGCCUCGGCUCCCCGCGCCGAGUAGUGGUGCAGGCUUCCACCGGGGAGCUGCUCCGCUGCCUGGGCGACUUCCUGUGUCGGCGGUGCUACCGGCUCAAGCAUCUGAACCCCAACGAGGCCAUGCUGUGGUUUCGCAACGUGGACCGCUCCCUGCUCAUCCAGGGCUGGCAGGACCAAGGCUUCAUCACCCCGGCCAACGUGGUCUUUGUCUACUUGCUUUGCAGGGAGGUGCUGGACGAGGAGAUCGGCAGUGACUUCGAACUACAAGCUACUUUCCUCACCUGCCUCUACCUCGCUUACUCUUACAUGGGCAACGAGAUCUCGUACCCCCUCAAGCCGUUCCUAGUGGAAGCCAACAAGGAGAUUUUCUGGGACAGAUGUCUUACCAUUAUCGGCCAAAUGAGUGCCAAGAUGCUUCAGAUUAACUCCGACCCGCACUACUUCACCGAGGUCUUCCAAGACCUCAAGAACGAAUCCAACACUAGAGACUCUGAUGGACAAUAUAUAAUAAACCUGGACCGUUAG